AUGGCCCUGCGCAAGGCGGGUCUCGCGCCGUGGUGCCUGGCGCUCCUGCUGUGCUGCAGCUGCGGGGUGCUGGUGGGGGGGUCCCCGAAGCUGGGCAGUGGGGGCGGCGGCGGGUGCCCCAGCCGCUGCCUGUGUUUCCGCACCACGGUGAGGUGCAUGCAUCUGAUGCUGGAGACCGUGCCCGCCGUGGGGCCGCAGACCUCCAUCCUGGAUCUUCGCUUUAACAGAAUUAGGGAGAUCCAACCUGGAGCAUUCAGAGGUCUGAGGAACUUGAAUACAUUGCUUCUCAACAAUAAUCAGAUCAAGAGAAUACCUAGUGGAUCAUUUGAAGACUUGGAAAAUUUAAAAUAUCUCUAUUUGUACAAGAAUGAAAUCCAGUCAAUUGACAGGCAAGCAUUUAAGGGACUUGCCUCUCUAGAGCAACUAUACCUGCACUUUAAUCAGAUAGAAACUUUGGACCCAGAAUCAUUCCAAUAUCUACCAAAGCUUGAAAGACUAUUUUUACAUAACAACCGAAUCACACAUUUAGUUCCAGGAACAUUUAAUCAUUUGGAAUCCAUGAAAAGAUUGCGAUUGGACUCCAAUGCACUGCGCUGUGACUGUGAGAUCCUGUGGUUGGCAGAUUUGCUGAAGACCUAUGCCCAGUCUGGUAAUGCGCAAGCAGCAGCCACCUGCGAAUAUCCUCGGAGAAUCCAGGGACGGUCAGUGGCAACAAUCACCCCAGAAGAACUGAACUGUGAGAGGCCCAGGAUUACGUCCGAGCCCCAGGACGCAGACGUGACCUCGGGGAACACUGUCUACUUCACUUGCAGAGCCGAAGGCAAUCCCAAACCGGAAAUCAUCUGGCUGCGGAACAACAAUGAGCUGAGCAUGAAAGCAGAUUCCCGUUUGAACCUGUUGGACGACGGCACGUUGAUGAUUCAAAACACUCAGGAGACUGACCAGGGAAUUUACCAGUGCAUGGCAAAAAAUGUAGCUGGAGAAGUGAAAACACAAGAGGUGACCCUCCGAUAUGUUGGAGCUCCAGCUCGACCCACGUUUGUGAUCCAGCCACAGAACACAGAAGUGCUGGUUGGGGAAAGUGUCACGUUGGAAUGCAGUGCCACAGGCCACCCUCAGCCACGUAUCACCUGGACAAAAGGUGACCGAACACCCUUACCCAGCGAUCCUCGGGUCCAUACCACGCCUUCUGGUGGCCUUUACAUUCAGAACGUCAUUCAGGAGGACAGUGGGGAAUACACUUGUUUUGCAUCCAACGGUAUUGACAGCAUCCACGCCACAGCUUUUAUCAUUGUACAAGCCCUUCCUCAGUUCACGGUGACACCGGAAGACAGAGUGGUGAUUGAGGGCCAGACCGUCGAUUUCCAGUGUGAAGCAAAGGGUUAUCCCCAACCAGUGAUUGCCUGGACCAAAGGAGGGAGUCAGCUCUCUGUCGACAGAAGACACCUGGUGCUUUCGUCGGGCACACUGCGGAUCUCGGGAGUUGCCCUUCAUGAUCAGGGCCAGUAUGAAUGCCAAGCUGUCAACAUCAUUGGUUCCCAGAGGGUGGUGGCACAUUUGACAGUGCAGCCAAGAGUGACCCCAGUGUUUGCCAGCAUUCCAAGUGAUAUGACAGUGGAAGUUGGCACCAAUGUCCAGAUUCCGUGCAGUUCUCAGGGCGAGCCCGAGCCAGUCAUAACAUGGAACAAGGAUGGGGUGCAGGUAACAGAAAGUGGAAAAUUCCAUAUUAACUCCGAGGGAUUCUUGACCAUCAAUGAUGUUGGACCCGCGGAUGCAGGCCGUUAUGAAUGUGUGGCCCGGAACACGAUUGGCUACGCCUCAGUUAGUAUGGUCCUAAGUGUAAAUGUUCCUGAUGUCAGUCGAAAUGGAGAUCCGUUUGUAGCCACAUCAAUUGUUGAAGCAAUUGCGACUGUUGACAGAGCCAUCAAUUCAACCCGUACACAUCUGUUUGACAGCCGUCCUCGCUCUCCAAAUGAUUUGUUGGCCUUGUUCCGGUAUCCAAGAGAUCCGUACACCGUUGAACAAGCAAGAGCAGGAGAGAUAUUUGAAAGAACAUUGCAACUUAUUCAGGAACAUGUGCAGCAUGGCUUAAUGGUUGACCUCAAUGGAACAAGUUACCACUAUAAUGACCUUGUGUCCCCUCAGUACCUGAACCUGAUCGCUAACCUCUCUGGCUGCACUGCCCACCGACGAGUGAAUAACUGCUCAGAUAUGUGCUUCCACCAGAAAUACAGGACCCACGAUGGGACAUGCAAUAAUCUCCAACAUCCUAUGUGGGGUGCCUCUCUGACGGCUUUUGAGCGUUUAUUAAAGUCUGUGUACGAAAACGGAUUCAACACCCCCCGCGGUAUUAAUCCAAACCGCCUCUACAAUGGCCACGUGCUCCCCAUGCCCCGCUUGGUGUCCACGUCCCUAAUCGGGACUGAAACGAUCACCCCCGAUGACCAGUUCACUCACAUGAUGAUGCAGUGGGGGCAGUUCCUCGACCACGACUUGGACUCCACGGUGGUGGCCCUGAGCCAGGCCCGCUUCUCCGACGGCCAGCACUGUAGCUCUGUCUGCAGCAACGACCCGCCCUGUUUCUCGGUCAUGGUCCCGCCCAAUGACCCCAGGGUCCGCAAUGGCGCCCGGUGCAUGUUCUUCGUGCGGUCCAGCCCCGUGUGUGGCAGCGGCAUGACGUCCCUUCUCAUGAACUCCGUGUACCCCCGGGAACAGAUCAACCAGCUCACGUCGUACAUCGACGCGUCCAAUGUGUACGGCAGUACGGAUCACGAGGCACGGGAAAUCCGAGACCUGGCCAGCCACCGGGGCCUUCUGAGACAGGGCAUCGUGCAGAGAUCUGGGAAGCCGCUACUCCCGUUUGCCACUGGGCCCCCGACGGAGUGCAUGCGGGAUGCCAGCGAAAGUCCCAUCCCCUGCUUCUUAGCCGGGGACCACCGAGCCAACGAGCAGCUGGCGCUGACCAGCAUGCACACGCUGUGGCUGCGGGAGCACAACCGCGUCGCCAGCGAGCUGCUCCAGCUCAAUUCCCACUGGGACGGGGACACCCUCUAUUAUGAGACCAGGAAGAUCGUGGGGGCCGAGAUUCAGCACAUCACCUAUCAGCACUGGCUCCCCAAGAUCCUUGGAGAGGUGGGCAUGAAGAUGCUGGGCGAGUAUAAAGGCUACGACCCGGGCAUCAACGCUGGCAUCUUCAAUGCCUUCGCCACGGCCGCUUUUAGGUUUGGCCACACCCUCAUCAACCCCCUCCUCUAUCGCCUCGACGAGCAUUUCCAGCCGAUUCCUGAAGGCCACCUACCCCUUCACAAAGCCUUCUUCUCCCCCUUCCGAAUCGUGAACGAGGGGGGCAUCGACCCCCUCCUGAGAGGACUCUUUGGGGUGGCGGGGAAGAUGCGCGUGCCCUCGCAGCUGCUGAACACGGAGCUCACCGAGCGCCUCUUCUCCAUGGCCCACACGGUGGCCCUGGAUCUGGCUGCCAUCAACAUCCAGAGGGGCCGGGAUCACGGCAUCCCGCCCUACCACGACUACCGGGUGUACUGCAACCUGUCUUCUGCUCACACUUUCGAAGAUCUGAAAAAUGAAAUAAAAAAUCCUGCCAUCCGGGAGAAACUGAAAAGGUUAUAUGGCUCACCAUUAAACAUAGAUUUAUUUCCUGCCCUCAUGGUGGAAGAUUUGGUUCCUGGAAGCCGACUGGGGCCAACACUAAUGUGCUUGCUCAGCACCCAGUUUAAACGCUUGCGGGAUGGGGACAGGUUGUGGUAUGAGAACCCUGGGGUGCUUUCCCCUGCUCAGUUAACCCAGAUCAAGCAAGCGUCGCUGGCCAGGAUCCUGUGCGACAAUUCCGACAACAUCACGCGCGUGCAGAAGGACGUGUUCAGAGUCGUGGAGUUCCCACACGGAUACAGUGGUUGCGAUGAGAUUCCUAGAGUUGAUUUAAGGAUGUGGCAGGAUUGCUGCGAAGAUUGUAGAAAUAGGGGACAGUUUAAUGCCUUUUCAUACCAUUUCCGAGGCAGACGGUCUCCUGAAUUCAGCUACCAGGAAGACAAGCCUACAAAGAAAACAAGACCACGAAAAAUAUUGAGUAAUAAAUACUUCAAUAACACUGCUUCAGCCUCCUAUGAGCAAUCGAAUGUACCAGGGACAAAUGACUUCAAAGAAUUUGUUCUGGAAAUGCAAAAGACCAUCACAGACCUCAGAAAACAGAUAAAGAAACUUGAAUCCCGACUCAGCAAAACUGAAUGCACUGAUGCAAAGGGUGAAACUCAUACAGACAAUGCAAAAUGGAAAAAGGAUUCCUGCACUGUUUGCGAAUGCAAAGACGGGCAGAUUACCUGUUUUGUGGAGUCCUGCCAGCCAGCAGAUUGUCCUGCUCCGGUGAAAGUCGCGGGGGCAUGUUGUCCAGUCUGCUUAAGUCAAUCUGUGGGAAAGAAGCCUUAGGUCCUUUUACCAAGUUCCUGGGAGUUUCUCUGCAAAGUCACCUUGAGAUCCGAUGGCCACGACAGGUAACUGCAGACUGAAAAGACACAUCAAGAACUCAAGACAUUUCAUGACAACAUUCAACUGGUGCUGUUACAGAAGAUCGCACAAGACGCCUGCUACAGAGGGUGCACACGGAGGGCGAUAACCGCAAACAUCGGGGAAGUGGAUGAACGUCCUAACUUCAUGUUAGAUUUCUCAGGUUUUUAUUUAAUGCUUUUUUAUUUUGUUUUGUUUUCAAUGAAAAACAAACUGGUGCUACUAUUAAAAUUGCAUAGUUAAAUCAGUUAGGCUCUUAAAUGGAUUUCAACUCAUAGCACCAUUUCUUUUUCACUGAAGCAGGAGACCCUAAAAGUUAAGUUCUGAGAUUUGAAGCUUACAGACAGGUUCCCUUGCAGAUGUGUGUGAAUAAUGGAUCCACCAGGGAAGGAAACAUGCUGAAAUCUGGGUUGCAUUUCAAGCUACAUUAAAAAACACACGAAUCAGUAUUUGGCAAAUGGAACAGAAUCUUUUAUGAGUGUGUUCAUGGUGAAACAGUCUCCAUAGUGAAAUACAGGCCCCCCUGUCUCCCCUCAAAGCAACAUCUAGCAUUUCACAGCUCAUCAGUCUUUAAUCAUAGUGCAACAUUCCCUGUGCUCCGCAGCAAAUGCCAAUCCUGUGACUUUCUUUGUUUCCACUCCUUUCCCACCUGAUCAUGAUUACUAAGCCACAGUUAGAAAGCAGGUUUGUUCUUAGAACUCGCAUGCAUGUUGCCUAGUUGUGAACAGAAUGUGAAAAUCCUCUGGACUGCCAUUUUGUAGCUGAUGAUACCGACUGAGCGGCUGUGUGCGGUGCCCAGACAGCUGUGCUUCCUCGCCCCCAAGGCUCUUUCCUCCUCAAAGCAUGCAGAACAAUCACUCUAGACGAUUCUUCUGGUGGAAGGAAUUCCAUCAUUGGGAACCUUCGAACUUCAGGUUGUGUGAGUGCUUAAAAAAUAAAUUCAAUCCCAAUACCUCAUUUGUACUUUUAAAUGCAUUCUUUUAUGAAUUUUUGCCCAUUUUAUAGCUGUUAGAAAUGGCAGAAAAACAAUUUCUAUUAUGUAAAAGUUUUUUGGAAUUCCGUGAAAAGCAACCGUCAUACCUCAUGGUCUCUCUCUUUGUCAUUGACCAAAACAUUUUUUUACCUUCGAAUCACAGAGUGAAACGUGUUCUGAGUAAGCUGUUGCAGAGACCACACACAUUCAAUUCACUAAAUUUUUUGCAUGUCUGCCAUUCAUCGGGUCCUUUGCUGGGUACAGGAGAUGAAUGAAACUAUUGCUGUCCUUGUAGAACUCCCAGUGAAGACUGAGGAGGGAGGCACAUGACUCAACAGGCAAGUUCAGGACGAAGUGGCCAUUGCUGGGCAGCUUGUGUAGAAGCAGCGUUGAAGACCACGUGGUUUUGGGUGGAAGGUGUAGGGACAGAGAGAAGGAAGCGAGGAUCCCUGGGGAUUAUUUUCUGGUGAAAUUUUAAAUAAAUAAUUUUAGAAGGAAGUCCAACAUUUGGGGACAAUUAUCAGAAGUUGUGGGUGGAUGAACUCCCUCAACAACAUCUGGUGCAUAAUGGACAGGUGCUGCCAUCUGGUUUCAGUUGCUUUUAGUACAUCGCCUAGUGUUGGCCCCCUUCUGUCAAGAGACAACCAAAUGCCUUUGCACACUGUGACUUUCCCCCACGUGCCAGGGAGCUGUUGAACAUUCCAGCUGUGAGAGUGCUUCUGGUGUGUUUGCAGAAUAGUCUGUGCAAAAAUGUCUAUCUUAGCAUGACAUCUUCAACUUACUUAUUAAACAAUAAUACCUGGUUGGUGUUUCAUGGUGCAUCGGGUUUGUUUGGAAAUAUCAAGUCAAAUUAAAUAACCAAAUCUUGGAACAAGCUUCUGUAUACCAGGAAAUGGAGAAUUUUUCCUCUAGAAUUGGAUGGUUCUGUAAAUUGCUCAGGUAUAACAAUGACAACAGAUUACAUAUAAGUUUUCUGGGAACGCUUGAGUGUCUGAACUUGGAGGAAGUUUGUGGUUUCAUGGCUGAGGCAGGACAUCAGUGGGUAAAACACCUGGAAGGAACUGGGGCUUGAGCCGAUGUCAAAAGGAUUGUGCUCCCAGGGAACUGAGGAACGGGAAGAAGUUAUCUGAUCCCCCCCAAAACUCUGUAAUUCCAAUCGAAAUGUCUGCAGAAUCACCAGUGUAACUUUUUUAUAUGCUUUAUCAAACCAGUGGGCAGUGCCUGAAUGAACUUUACUCUUUUUUUAGCCACUGUAAGGAAAUUGCUGUAAUAUGAAGCAAAGUGUACAUAUUUAUUUACUUUUCUAACUAUUGCCAGCAGCCAAAUGCCUUUUUAAUGUUCAUUGUAUUCAGUACAUUACCAAAGAAAUGUUUGCACUGUGUAACGAUGCCUUUCAGUUCAAAUAAAUGGGUCACUGUUUCAAA